AUGUGGGCAGACGGGACCUCACCUGACUGCUGUGGUUUUAGCUUCCUCCAGAGCUGCUGCUGGGGCAGGAGCAGGAGGGUCCAACCUGAGACAUCACGACCGGAGGCCUUCCCUCACCCUCACAGACUCCCAGCAGAAGGCAAUCGUCUUGGAACAAACCGACCUUGCUCACAGAAGUUUGGCUCGGGUGUAGGGACCCUGCCCCAGCUGGAGCCACCGGUGGUCCAGGUGGUGGUCAGCAAUGCCAAAAACCAACACCAUCAGUUGGACAACAUUCUGCCCCAAAUUGCCAACAAAGGGGGCCAAAACAAAUAUCAGUCACACCUGGAUGAGAGGCCGAAGCCCGCUCAACAGUUCAGCAUGCGGUUUGGUGCAGCAAUGGAUAAAGUGUCAGUCUCCCGCAACAGCAAGAAUUUCAGCAACAAGGUGGAGAAAGAGAAGUCAUAUGAGGGACAAAGGCUACCCAUGUCUCCCAUCGAGGCACUGAAGAACUUCAAGGACCGUCUGACGGAGUUUGAGCAGGAGGAAAUCAUGGACUAUUCAGAGAUCUGGUUCCUGGGUCUUGGCUCUCAGAAGAUUGAGGGUUCCCAGGGCUCACCGCAGAACUCUGGAUAUGAUGACGAGCAUGGAAGCUACAUCAGGGUGCUGCAUGACCAUAUAGCCUACAGGUUUGAAGUACUUGAAGUGAUUGGGAAAGGAUCCUUUGGGCAGGUCUUGAAAUGUCUGGACCACAAGAACAACGAACUUGUAGCCAUAAAGAUGAUACGCAAUAAGAAAAGGUUUCAUCACCAAGCUCUAGUUGAGCUGAAGAUCCUGGAUGUUAUAAAGAGGAAAGACAAAGACAACCUCCACAACGUCAUCCACAUGAAGGAGUACUUUUACUUCCGAAAUCACCUUUGCAUCUCCUUUGAGCUGCUUGGGGUGAACUUAUACGAACUCAUUAAAAAAAACAACUUCCAGGGCUUCAGUCUCGCUCUCAUCCGUCGGUUCGCCCAUGCUCUGCUUCGGUGUCUGCAGAUGCUGCACAGGGAGAAGAUAAUCCACUGCGACCUCAAACCGGAGAACAUCCUUUUGUCUCAGCGAGGGCCAGGGAACAUCAAGGUGGUUGACUUUGGAUCAAGCUGUUAUGAACAACAAAGGGUGUACACCUACAUCCAGAGCCGCUUCUACCGCUCUCCAGAGGUCAUCCUGGGUCACCCCUACAGCAUGGCUAUUGACAUGUGGAGUUUGGGCUGUAUCCUAGCUGAGCUCUACACAGGCUAUCCUCUCUUCCCAGGAGAGAGUGAAGUGGAGCAGAUAGCUUGCAUAUUGGAGGUUCUUGGAAUGCCACCAAAUGAUUUUGUUCAGUCAGCAUCAAGGAAGAGGUUGUUCUUUGACUCAAAAGGAAACCCCAGGAACGUCACUAAUAGCAAGGGGAAGAAACGGAGACCCAACUCCAAGGAGCUGUCAGUUGCAUUGAAAACAAAUGAUGUUUUGUUCCUAGACUUCAUCAAACACUGCCUCACUUGGGAUCCAUCUAAACGUAUGACUCCUGAUGAGGGGCUUCAGCAUGAAUGGAUCCUGGAGGGAAACUUCAACAGGGUCCGACCCAGAACCAGGCCAACAGUGAUUAAGCCUGCAGACAGUUCGACUAGCACUGAGAACAGCAGUGACCACAGUUACCGCAAACCAGCUAACAGCAGGCCUGGAGAGAAGGUCAGCUCAGAUAGUGAUAGGCUGAAGAGAGAGGGUUCAGCAACACGAACAAAGAUGGCGCCUGCCGAGCGUCUGCGGCCUAUUGGGGCCUCAGCGGAGGAGGAAUUGUGUGAGGGUGAGGGCAAGCUGUCUGCAGAUACCAAGCAGCAAGAAGGAGGUGGAGAGAGGCCCGUUCACAUCAUCAUCAAGCCUCAAGAGGAAAUGGGCACAGAGAGAAAAGAUAGCCAGGAACCAUCUCAGUGUUUGCCUCCUAUCAUCUAA